AUGGGUGGUCGCGGGUCGAGCAUUAUCCCCCCGCUUGAUCACUUUGCAGACCAUAUUAGCGGGAACUUUUUCUUCAUCCGUUCUAAGGUCGCUCCCCACGACUAUUGGUACUUUCCCAAAUCGUCUAAUGCAACGAACGCGGUCUAUGUGUCGCGCACUGAACGCACUCGCUUCACCAUUAGUCGCACUGACAGUGGUACUGCAGGGACUGUCAUAAUUGGCUCUGACAAGAUCGCCAUCACAUUGACCGACGUCAAUAUGUUCAUUCAUGUCGACACUGCCACUGGUCAAGUAAUUCUUUCACCUGCCCCUCAGUCAGGUUUGACGUUCAGUGCCCUUUUGGGCAACUUCACCGUGGGGGCUACCCUGUCUCAGAGUGUGAAGGAACUUCUCUACACGGAAAAUGGGGAAGAGUGGGAACUCGUUUGAACUGUGAUCAUUUGACAGUCAUCCUGUACUAGUAUUGUCAUAGUCUCCCCUAGAGAGGACGAAGAAAGGUAUUUGUUUCUGUACUGUCAGCAACACUAUGAAGCAAUUGUAUUUUUGUUGAACGCUU